AUGGACACCGGCGAGCCAGUGAAAUCCGCGGUCUCGCCGCGGGACGCGAGUGACUACAGUCUUCAGUUGAACCGUUGGUUCCUCAAAUCGGUGGGUGCGUGGCCGAAGUCAGCCGCUACAACAAUCGGAGAGAGAGUGCGGUCGACGAUACAGAUAGUCAUCUGCUAUUCCCUGAUAGCCUUCGCGGUCGUACCGUGCAUCCUGAACAUCCUGUUCGAGGAGAGCGACGUUCACAUGAAAUUGAAAGCCGUGGGCCCAUUGAGCCACUGGUGCAUGGGCGGCAUGAAUUACUUCUCGUUGCUGUUCCGCAGUCGCGAAAUACGCCGUUGCAUGCAGCACAUGAAGACCGACUGGCGAACAGUGACGGAACUCGAAGACCGGCGAGUGAUGUUAAGGUACGCCAGAUUCGGCCGGUUCGUCGCUGGCUUGUGCGCAGUUUUCAUGCACAGCGGCGUGUUCUCCCAUAGCCUGCUGCAAGGUAUCACGCCGACAAUCGCCUACAUCGGCAACGAGAGCAUGACGGUGCACGUGUUGCCGUGUCCCUCUUACAGCAAGUUUGUGGAUAUCAGAUACAGUCCAGAAGGCGAGAUAGCGCUAGUAUUGCAACUUGUCUCCAGCAUCGUCGUCAAUUCAGUAACGGUUAGCGCUUGCAGCCUAGCGGCGGUGUUCGCGAUGCACGCGUGCGGCCAAUUGAACGUGCUGAUGAGGUGGUUGGAUAGCUUGGUGGACCACCGAAAUCAGCUCGACACGGUUCAACGUCGAUUGGCGAUCAUCGUGGAACACCAUCUGAGAAUACUGAGCUUCGUGGCGCGUAUGGAGGCACUUUUGAAUCAGAUAUGUUUCGUGGAAUUGCUAGGAUGUACUUUUAACUUAUGUAUGCUCGGAUAUUACACCAUUACGGGAUGGAAUGUAAUAGAGAAGCAAACAUCAAUCGCUUAUAUGAUCAUAUAUAUGUCCAUGACUUUCAACAUUUUUAUAUUUUGUUACAUCGGCGAAAUACUUACAGAACAGAGUAAGCAAAUAGGCGAAACAGCCUACAUGACUAAGUGGUAUCGCUUGCCCCACAAAACGGCUCUUGGUUUGAUACUGAUUAUUUCCCGAUCGAGUAUGGUAAUUAAAUUAACGGCGGGAAAACUGGUCCAUCUUUCUAUUGCAACGUUUGGUGAUGUGAUGAAGACUUCAAUGAUAUAUUUAAAUAUGCUUCGGACCAUGACGACUUAA